AUGGGGCUGAUAGUCAUCACAGGACGGCCACUGACUUGCUUUUUCAGCAGCCCUGGCCAGGGCUUUGACGGAUUGGCGUUGGGCUUGGCCUCUGAUCCCCAUGUCCUUGAGGAGACUGGUCACAGAUCUGCCCACAAAACCUCUGCAGCAGCCUACCUCUACAGGGAGAACUAUGGCCUUCCAGCCCUGUUGCUCAGCAUCCGCUGCCAGCUCAGCAUACCAAAGGUGCGCGUGUGCAGCUGCGACGCCGACGUCAACGUGCUGUCAUGCAGCUCCGAGGCCUACACGCUGCCCGCCAGCCUCAGCCGCCGGGCGCUCAUCGCCAUCCUGGCCUGCAUCCUGGUCCUCCUGGUCAUGAUCCUGCUGAUGUUGUCUCUGAGGAGUCAUCGUAAGAAGCUGUACCUGACUGAGGAGGAGGAGAACGUUCACGAGAACAUUGUGCGUUAUGACGAUGAGGGCGGUGGUGAGGAGGACACGGAGGCCUUCGACAUUGCGCGCUCUGGAACCCUCGCGAGACAGGACAUGCAGCCCGAGAUCCAGACGCUGUCGCGGCACGUGCCCCAGGCCCCCCUGCUGCCCCCGGCCAGCCUGGCCCUGGCGGACGGUGGCGGCUGCAGCGUGCACGGCUACGUGCUGGCCAAGCUGUACGAGGCCGACCUGGACCCCUGUGCGCCGCCCUACGACUCGCUGCAGACCUACGCCUACGAGGGCGAGGGCUCGGUGGCCGACUCGCUCAGCUCGCUGCAGUCGGCCGCCUCGCACGCCGACCACGACUACGACUACCUGAGCGAGUGGGGUCCGCGCUUCUACAAGCUGGCCCAGAUGUACGGAGCUGUGGACGAGCACGCCGGGCCCUGA